UGUGUUUGUGUCACAUGGAGGUGCACGGCCACCAGGAGCUGACAGCAGAACAAUAACCGGCCGUCCACAUUGAAGUACUUGACGUUGAGAGCGGCUUUAAAAGAGUUUGUGGCGUCGGCCCUCAGAUGAAACUCCACUGGGCUGCCAGGACUGAUGAAGCACUGAACUCCACAGUUGUCUUUGCAGGUGGUUUGCAUUUUGGACUGGUGCAGAAUGUACGGGCUGCUGUGUGAGAGCCUCCAUGAUUUCAUCAAAGAGUCGUACGGGGACGACGUGUGGAAGUUGGUCAGAGAGAGGGCGGAUGUCAGGCUGCACUCCUUCGUCACUCACCAGGUGUACAGUGAGAGUGUCAUUCCUCGCAUUGCAAAGGCGGCCAGCGGGGUGACGGGCACGCCUUACAAUGAGCUGAUGAACUCUUGGGGCGUCUACUUCCUGGGCUUCGUGGGCAAGUACGGCUAUGACAGGAUCCUGAAGGUGCUCGGCCGUCAUGUCCGCGACUUUGUGAACGGCCUUGACAACCUCCACGAGUAUCUGCGUUUCAGCUACCCCAAAGUGCAGCCCCCCACCUUCUUCUGCCAGGAGGAGUCCGCCACUGGAGUCACCCUCCACUACAGGAGUAAGCGCAAAGGAUACCUGCACUACGCCAUGGGUCAGCUGAGGCAGAUGGGAAAGCAGUUCUAUGACACAGACAUCCAUGUGGAGGUGCUGUCUGAGCAGAUGCACGGAGACUACUCUCACGUCACCAUGAGGUUGAUCUUUGACAACUCUGCUUACCGCUACAUCAUGAAGGAGGAUGAAGAAGAGCAGGAGAUUCUGCCAAUUACCUCCGAUUUCUUCUUUGAAGUAUUCCCUUUUAACACCGUCUUCCGACAGGACAUGGUGGUGCAUAAUGUCGGCUCAGGCUUGUCUACGGUUUUCCCGGAUUUGGAUGGAAAGAAGAUCACUGACGCCUUCUUGCUGGCUCGCCCGCUGGUGGAGUUCACAUGGAACAUGAUCAUCUCCCACCCCAACAACCUGUUUGAGAUCAUGUCCAAGGAGCCCGUGAAGAGAGAGAGGAAUCUCCACAACCGAGUCCAGAAUUCCGACUAUGAAAAUGCCAAUCGUUCCGCCGACGUGGACGUGGAGCUCAUGGCUUUCCAGUCCAUCAUCGGAGACGACUACAAAGACGGCAACAGCGCCAACGCCAUGGAGAGUUGGGGCGACGGCAGCCGCUGCCUCAGACUGAAAGGACAAAUGAGAUACAUGCCCGAGUGGGAGUCCAUCAUCUUUCUUGGAACGCCUGUGAUGGAGAGCCUGAGUGCCAUGUUCAAGACCGGCCUGUACAUCAACGAUCUGAGCAUGCACGACUCCAGCAGAGAUCUGGUGCUGGCAGGCACCCAGCAGUCAGAGGAGCUGAAAAGAGCACUCAUCCAGGAGCAGAAGAAGUCCAGCAAAUUGGAGGAGAGCAUGAAGAUGCUGGACUAUGAGAUGAAGAAGACCGACGACCUUCUGUACCGAAUGAUUCCCAAGCCGGUGGCUAAGAGGCUGCGGAAAGGAGAGCCGGCCGUAAACACUUGUGAGGUGUUCCCAGAUGUUACCAUUCUUUUCAGCGACGUGGUUGGAUUCACUCGCAUCUGCAGCCACAUUACUCCCAUGCAGGUGGUCUCCAUGCUGAAUACCAUGUACACUCUGUUCGACACGCUCAGCGAGAAGCACAGAGUCUUCAAGGUGGAGACCAUCGGCGACGCCUACAUGGUGGUGGCGGGGGCUCCCGAGAAGACCAAGUUUCAUGCCCACAACAUUUGUGACAUGGCCUUGGACAUGGUGCGCUCCAUCGACCACCUGAAGGACCCGUCCAACGGCAACAACAUACAGAUCCGUGUCGGUAUCCACUCCGGGAUGGUGGUGGCAGGUGUGGUGGGACACAAGAUGCCACGAUACGGUCUUCACGGCGACACGGUCCACACGGCGUCGGCCAUGGAGAGCAACGGAAAAGAGAUGCAUAUCCAGCUCAGCAGCGCCACCUAUGAGCACCUGAAAGGAAGCCACUUUAUUUUUGAACGAAGAGGCAUCAUCACCAUCAAGGGCAACGUGGAGAUCGAGACCUACUGGCUGAAAGGAAAGCGAGACAAAGACGGCAACGCUCAAGCGGCGUGUCCUCAAUUUGAGACCCAGACCAUCAGCAAGACCAUCGUGCUUGGGACUGAAGCCACAGGAGAUGAGGAAGGACUGGUUUUCCCACUAAUGGCCGGCGAGGACGAAGACGACAUCAAAUCCAUUCACUCUCAUCGCAUCAAGAUGGAGAUUUCGGGCCCUUCUCCAGAAGGCUCUACGGAGGAGUGUCGGGCGGAGGAAACAUCAGUCCAUAAGUCCCACUACAAAGACGUCUUACAGGACGGCCUGGAGGACGCUCACCUGGAGCUGGUGUCACCGGAUUCGGACGGCGGGGACUCCAUCAUAGAGUCACAUGACGGCUCCUCUGACUCCCACUGCUCCAAGAGCACAACGUGUUCCGUGUCCUGAACCCCGGUCUCUGGUAAAAGUCUAACUGAUGCUGUAGUCACUAAUUGACCUGUAUUACUUUGUAUUGCUGCACUUUUUGGGAAAACCACUUAACAAGAUCCCAAUAUCUGAUAGACAUGUGCUUGUUUGCCUUUUGGGCUGCUGACUGACAGAAUAUGACAACAUGGGAUUUCACGACACAGCUUAAUCACACGCAUCUAUUUCAUUUGAAUAUAAAUAAGUCUGCACGGAGAUUUUCCUCGCACCAACAAGUGUUCACUGCCAUGUGGUUGAACAUUUAUGCUGGAGAUAUUUCUGGCAGUGUUGCCCGCUACUGACAACUGAAUUUAUUCUUCUUCCGUGGAUGUUUGCGUAUCAGUGAGCUUCAGCUCAGUGGAAUUAAAGCAAGUUGGCUUCAAA